AUGGCUACUAAACACGAGGCAUUCAACGCAAAGGACACUUCUCCGACAAAGCCAGCUUCGCAAAGGAAUGAGCCCACAGGUGCUGCCACAGUCCCAGAACAGCCGCCGCCAAAGAGUAACUUUUUCAGCUACUUCGAAUUACUAUUCUACGCAAAUCCAACAUGGAUCGAUAUCUUCCUGUUAAUUUUCGGCACCCUUUGCGCCUGUGGCGCUGGCGUACCCUUUCCUUUGAUGGGUAUUCUAUUUGGUCAGGUUCUCGAUAACCUGAACCAGGCGACAUGCGAUUUGCAAACCUCGAAAAGCACGAGUGAGAUUCAGUCAGACGUCAACAGAAAAGUCUUGAUCUUGGUAUAUAUCUCCAUUGCAAACUUCAUCGUCAUAUACAUGUAUAUUGUGUCAUGGAGCAUCUUCAGUCGCCGCCUUGAAGCCCGCAUCAGAGACCGCUAUUUACAGACUUUGUUGCAUCAGGAUGCUGUCUUCUACGACAGACGCCAGGCAGGCGAGCUCACAUCCCGAAUGAAUAACGAUAUACAAGUUAUCCAGGCGGGAACAUCGGAAAAGGUCGGUAUUUGCAUAGCAUGCAGUUCGUUCUUCCUCUCAUCAUAUGCAGUUGCCUUCUCCAGGGACUACAAACUCGCGGCGAUGCUCUUCUUUUUGAUUCCUGCGUUUCUUUUGAUGGCUGCAGUUGCCAGCAUAUUCACCCGCAAGUACACAAGCCGUAUGUUAGGGGCAAUCGCCGCAGCAUCGUCCAUUGCACAGGAAGCACUGUCCAACAUUGCCGUCGUGCAGGCAUUCGGAGCGGGCCCUCGUCUCGAAGCCAAGUUUGCGUCCACGAUGAUGAACGCGCAAAAGGAGGGGAUAAAAAAAGCCUGUACCGUAGCCAUCCAGGCUGGAGCGCUUACUUUCAUCGCCUACGCUGCCAACGGAUUUGCCUUUUGGCAAGGUAGCAGGCGGAUAGCUGAUUCUGUCGAGGCAGGUGGGGAUGGCGUGUCUGUCGGACGAACAUAUACGGUCAUAUUUCUUAUUAUAGAUUCUUGCAUUAUUUUGGGAUCCGUUGCACCUCUCCUUCCCAUCAUUGGCGCCGCGUCUGCAUCCUUCCAAAAGUUAAAGGCUGAUAUAGAGUCGCCUUCUGCUAUCAACUCCCAAUCGGACUUGGGUGAGAGACUGCCACUCACGGUAUCCGGUUCUGUCGAAUUCCAUAAUGUUUGUUUUGCCUACGUUUCCCGGCCCGAUCGUCCCGUAUUGAAGCAAGUGUCAUUCAGUUGCCCUGCUGGAAAGCACACCGCUUUGGUUGGGUUGUCGGGGAGUGGCAAAUCCACCGUUGCUGGACUCAUAUCAAGGAUUUACGAUCCUACGGAAGGAAAUAUCACAUUGGACGGCCAGAAUCUGCGAACUAUAAAUGUAAGCAACCUUCGGAGUUUCAUAGGCCUUGUCCAGCAGGAGCCAUCGCUCCUAGACCGUUCUAUUCUAGAGAACAUUGCGCAUGGGGUUAUCAACUCCCCAUGGCCAAACCAUCAGCGGUUUCACUCUAUAAUCCUCGGCUCAGGACUUGCCGAGAUUUCUUCACGUCUUAGAGCAGGGGGCGACCUGACUCUUCUUGCGAACGAGCAUUGUCAAGACAUGGCAGAUCUGAUACAAAUGGUUCGCGAUGCUGCUUCUUUGGCUGACGCGGCAACCUUUAUCGGCAAGCUUGAAGACGGAUUUGGUACGAAAGUAGGCCCUGGAGGUAAACUUCUCAGCGGCGGUCAGAGGCAAAGGGUCGCUCUCGCACGAGCUCUUAUCCGAAAUCCCAAAGUCCUAGUCUUGGAUGAAGCUACCGCAUCUCUCGACUCCGCCAGCGAACUCCGCAUCCAGAUGGCCAUCGAAUCUAUUGCUAAAGGCCGUACUGUUAUUGCCAUCGCUCAUAGGCUUUCCACUAUCAAGAACGCUGACAAUAUCAUUGUUAUGAACAACGGUGAAAUUGUAGAGCAGGGUUCGCAUUGGGAACUCAUGGCUCUCAAUGGCUCGUACGCGGGAAUGGUCCGGCUCCAAAACAUUGAGCAUUCACAGAAUGAUGAUGUACCGUCCAUGGCAAGUACUGCAAGAGACGAUGCAAAGAGUUCCACUGAUGAGAAGGACUCUGUCGUUGAAAAGGUUGAGGGGACAGAAGUGGGGACAAGUCCGGAAGAGUGUCCGAAGCAAUCGAGCGCUUCCGCACAAGACGCGUCUGACCCCCAUGCAAAAAAAUCUGGCUGGCAAGUUGUCAGCAAUCUGAGUCUGAUGGCCCGACCAACCCUGUCAUGGCUAUUGUUGGCAGUUGCCACUGGCACCAUUGUAGGGGCUACUUUUACGGGUGCCGGGCUAAUUUUUGGCAACACUGUUGGGAGGCUUAGCCCGUGCAAUGCGCCUGCGGAUAUUCGCUGGGCUGGAAGUUUCUUUGGCGGCAUGUUCUUCAUGCUUGCCGUCGUCGAGCUGUUUGCUAACUCUGCUUGCUGGACCUCUUUCGGAUAUGUGUCUGAAAAACUCUUAUACAAGAUCCGCGUGCUUUGUUUUCGUUCUCUUUAUGAGCAAGAUAUGGACUUCCAUCAGGCUGGCGGUCGUAGCCCUGCUUCCCUGCUAUCUGUCAUUACAGCUGAUGCCGCAGCAGUUGGUGGGUUCAGCGGUUCGAUUAUCGGCAAUUGCUUCUCCAUCAUUGUCAAUUUCAUCGCCGCCAUUACAGUUUCGCAUAUAUUGUCAUGGAAAAUCGCGGUAGUGUGUCUGGUCACGGUGCCUAUUCUUCUGGGUUCCGGAAUUCUUCAGCUGCGCGCUCUUACUAGGUUUGAGCGCAAACAUGCAAAUUCUUUCGCCAACGCCAUUGGUAUCACUGUUGAAGCUGUCAACUCGUACAAGACCGUGGCCUCGCUAUCUCUGGAAAAGGAGGUUCUCUGCGCUUACCGGCGCGCUCUUAGAGCACCUCAAAAGGCCAUGGCGGCCGGGACCGCGUAUGCCAAUGUCUGGCUGGCCAUUUCCUACGGCACCGGCAACCUCGUCUAUGCGUUUGCGUAUUGGUGGGGCUCAAGUAGAAUCACCGAGGGAGAAGCUACUCCCACCGAGUUCUUCUCCAUUCUGGUGGCAAUGCUAGUUAGCGCCCAGCUUUGGGGCAACAUGUUUAGCCUUGCUCCAGAAGUCUCUCGAGCUCGCGAGGCAGGGUCACGAAUUCUGAGCCUGAUCGACCAGGGAUCCUGCAAGAACCUCGCGGUCGGGGAGUCAGAGCUUCUGAAGCAACCUGCCAGGGAGAGAGACGUCGAGGCCGUCGCUGACGGAGCUCAUCAUGCGGUAUCAACGAGCAAAGGUGCCACGGUGACUUUCAAAGAGGUGUCCUUCGCAUACCCAGCACGCCCUAACGUGCCCAUUGUACGAAAUAUGUCGUUUACCAUUCAAGCCGGUCAAUUCUGCGGUUUGGUCGGACCGUCAGGAGCCGGCAAGUCAACGGUCAUGUCUCUUGUGCAGAGGAUGUACAAGCCUACGGCUGGGUCCAUUGAGAUUGACGGCUUCAAUAUCUGUGCGAGAGAGGGUGCAGAGUUCCGGAACAGCAUUGCUGUGGUGCCCCAAGAUUGCGCCUUGUUCGACGGCACCAUCAGGUUCAACGUUGCUCUCGGUGCCACACCCAACCACGAAGCAAGCGACGAGGAAAUCGAAGAAGCCUGUCGUCUGGCAAACAUUCACGACACCAUCAUGUCUCUUCCUGACGCAUACGAUACUGAGUGCGGGCCCAACGGAUCACGUCUUUCGGGAGGCCAGCGUCAAAGAUUGGCCAUUGCUCGGGCCCUCGUUCGAAAGCCCAAACUUCUCCUUCUGGACGAGAGCACGAGCGCUCUUGACGCCGAGAGCGAAAAGGCCCUGCAAAUAGGCUUGGAGCGAGCAGGCCGGGGCAUUACAGUAAUUGCCAUUACACAUCGCCUGCAUACUGUACGACGAGCAGACGUAAUAUUUGUUAUAGAGGGCGGGGAAGUCAUAGAGAAGGGUCGGCAUGAAGAGCUGGUGGAAAGGAGUGAAACAUAUCGAACGAAUGCACUGCAGCAGAUGCUUGGGACAUGA